AUGUCUAAUGAAAAAGCCGACCAAGUGGAUAUAAUGUAUGGUCUGAAGUCAGUUUUGUCAAAAAUAGAGGCUGCGGUGGCUAGGAGAAGCAAAGAUCUUCCUCAAAUUGCUCCAAAAUUAGUGGCUGUGUCGAAAAUUAAACCAGUUCCUCUUAUCAUAGAAGCUUAUGAAGCAGGACAGCGAGAUUUUGGUGAAAACUAUGUUAAUGAACUUGCUGAGAAAGCAAGUAAUCCUAAUAUUCUAGAAAAGUGUAAAGAAAUAAAGUGGCAUUUUAUAGGCCAUUGCCAAACAAAUAAAAUAAAUAAAUUAUUGGGAUCACCAGGCUUGUAUAUAGUAGAAACAGUUGAUUCCCAGAAAUUGGCUGACAAUUUGAAUAAACAAUGGCUCAAAUUCAGGAAAGAAGAAGAAAGAUUAAAUAUUAUGGUCCAAGUUAACACUAGUGCAGAAGAAGCUAAAAAUGGUAUUGAACCUGAAAAUACAACAAAUCUAGUUGAACAUGUCAUAAAGAAUUGUUCAAAUUUAAAUUUCAAAGGUCUUAUGACUAUUGGUCAAUAUGAUUAUGAUACAUCUUUGGGCCCAAACCCAGAUUUUAUAACCCUUGCCAAAUGCAGACAGGAAGUCUGUGAAAAGUUAAAAUUGGAUAUUAAUGAAGUGGAGUUGUCUAUGGGGAUGUCAACAGAUUUUGAACAUGCUAUUGAACUAGGAGCUACAACUGUCCGUGUUGGUUCUAGUAUAUUUGGUGCUAGGCCACCAAAGAAUAACUUAAUUAACAGGUUUUCUUUAGCGUGUGAAAGAAGACACUGUUAUGAUAAGCUACAAUGGACUCGUAAGAACAUU